AUGCCAGCCCACAUCAAAUUCAACUCAAAUGGAACCAAAACUCUCAAAGAUGCCAACGGAAAUGUCUCCACUCUCUCUGCCUCAUCAACAGUGCAGCUGAGAAAGAAGCAAUCUGUUGAGACCAUUUCACUCGCUGAUACAUCAGCCACACAAGGUGCUUUGGCAACAUCACUCAAAUUUGCAGACGUGCCACAAAUACAUCCACUCCUACUGAAAGCCAUCAAGAAAGAAUUCGGAUUUGAAACCAUGACUCCUAUUCAACAACUGACCAUUCCAACUGCUCUCGGAGAGAAAGGAAAAGGUAAAGACUUUAUUGCUCAAGCAGCCACAGGACAAGGAAAAACUUUGGCCUUCCUCAUUCCAUCACUCUCUUGCAUGUUAGAAAAUGAAAAGAAUGUUCAAGGAAUUUACAUUCUCGUGUUGGCUCCAACAAGAGAAUUAGCCUUACAAAUUCAACAAGUUGCUGACAAACUCUUAAAACACACCGAAUAUAAGGCCGCUUGUGUCAUUGGAGGAAACAAAGUCUCUGCGGAACAGGCUGAAUUGGCCGAUGAAAAAGUAAGAGUCCUCAUUGCUUCUCCAGGUAAAUGUUUAGAUCACAUUCAAAGAGAGAAUUUUGAUCCUUCCCAUUUGAAAUAUUUCAUUUUGGAUGAAGCAGAUCGAUUGUUGGACAGUGGUUUUGAAGAAACUUUGAAAAAGAUUGUCAUGCAACUUCCCAAGCAACGUCAAACUUAUCUCUUCUCUGCAACCAUGACGGAUAAAGUUGAAGAUUUGGCUCAUAUUUCACUCAAGAAUGAUAUUGUGAAACUUGGUUUAGAUGAUGCAAAUUCAAAGAAGGUUUCUACAUUGGAACAAAAGUAUUAUCAAGUACCAAAUGAUAAGAAACUUGCAGCACUGGUUUCAGUGCUGAGAAAUAAUGUUGAUAAGAAAAUUAUUGUAUUCGUGAGCACCAAAUUAUCAGUUGAAUUUGUGACUUGCGUUCUUGAAAAUACUUCAAAUAUUGGAAAAGUUGUGCAACUCUCAGGUAACAUGAACCAAAAUAAGAGAAGUGAAAUUUUCUUCCAGUUCAUGGAAGAUAAGAAUCCAGGAGUACUUGUUGCUACCAAUGUUGCUGCAAGAGGACUCGAUUUCCCUAACGUUGAUUUAAUCGUUCAAUUUGACAUUCCUGAACAACCAGCCGAUUAUUUCCAUAGAGCUGGAAGAACUGCCAGAGCUGGUAAGAAAGGUGUGUCUGUCUUGUUCUUGACUCCAAGAGAAAAAGAAGUUGCUCUCUCCUAUUUUAACAUGAUGUUAAAUAGUGACAAGGAAGAAGAGAAAGAUUGGGAAAAACUUGAAGAAUUAGAAAAUAAUGUCACAGAUAGACAAAUGAAUGAUAUCCAUAGGGAAGUGCAAAGUAUUGUCUCGAAUAAUCAGUUGACCAGAGACGUCUUCAAACUUGUGAAUACUUAUGGAAGUGUUUUCAACAUGUUUGCUAGAAAAUUAGGUUUCAAAAUGAAUGAUUUUGAUGAAGAAGGAUUAAAAUCAUCGUUUGGAUUGGGAGGUAAAGGAGGAAGUGGCAACUUUAAGAAGAGCUUUGAUAAAUCCCAAUCAUUUAAUAAGGGUGGAUACAACAAGUUUAAUAAGGAAGAAGAGAAUGAAGAAGAUUCUAUUGAAACUUCCACAAAUAAUGGUAAAAGUGACCGCAAUGGACAUGACACCAAUGGAGACUCCAAUAAUGAAGAAAAUGGCUCAAAGAAGAGAGGUCUAAUGGAAUUUCUUGAAUCCAAGAGCCCUAAGAACAAUGGAAGUUUCAGAGGUGGACGAGGACGAGGCGGAAGGGGAGGAAAUUCCUAUUCAGGUGGAGGUUACAAAGGAGGAAGAAAUAACUCUUGGUCAAACAAGUCAUCGUCGUGGUCCAAUAAUAAUGGCAAUGGUGACAACUCAGAGUCUGUGAAACCAGCCCACAAGAAGCACAAGAAGUUCUAG